AUGGCUGCUGCUGUGAGCUUUUCCCAUCAAAUACACACCUGCCUCAUGCUCCUCUGCUACUCGAUAUGGUCUCUGCACCUGCCUUGCCCUACCUCCUCGGUUUAUUUCAACGCCAACUUUUCAGACCCCGAAGGCUAUGACCCCGGCUUGAGUUUCCAGGGUGAUGCCUACCUGGACGCUCAGUCUCGGACCCUCCAGCUAACAACAGCCGUUGAGAGCCCCAACAUCCAGAAUAGCGUAGGCCGAGUGUUCUACUCGACGCCCGUACCGUUGUGGGAUAACGCCACUGGCGAGCUUGCCCGAUUCUCCACCUCCUUCACCUUCCGAAUCAAGGUAAACGGUACGAUCAGCGGCGAUGGCUUUGCUUUCUUCCUCGGGAACUAUCCUCCGAGCAGUCCAGAUCCCCUUGAAGACAGACAGAACCUAGGUCUCUACAACGGAAACGCCAGCACGGUCGCGACCGGCAAUGACCGAGCUGUGGCAGUCAAGUUCGACACCUUCUUGAACGUUGGCGUCGACACCAGCAGCAGCCACAUGGGCAUCGACGUCAACUCCAUCAUUUCUCAGGUGUACACCAACGUUACCCUGGCUGGCAACAACCUAACAUCUGACCUUCCUAUGACUUGCCACAUAAUUUACGGCAACGAAUCAAAAACCCUAGCGGCCGUUCUCGAGGUCGGAGACACAACAUAUCAUGUCAACACCAGUGUUGACCUGAGGCUCAUGCCUAAUGUGGUGGCCAUCGGCUUCUCGGGUGCUACCGGUGAGGCGGAUGAGUUACACCAAAUAAUUUCAUGGUCAUUUGACUCCACCUUGGACCUGCCCAGUGCCCCGGCGCCUGCAUGGAGGAGCACUAAGAGUCCACCACCUGCACCGAAGACCCUACCCAAAGGACGGCUAGCAAAGGUAACUGGACCAAUCAUUGGAGUUAUUGCAAUUGUGUGCAUCUUUGUUGGCGUGCGUCGAUGGCAACUAUGCACGAGAAAGAAGCAUCACAGAGCUCUCGCCGGGGGGCUUGGAGAUAUUGGUUAUCUUAAGUUGGCGCGUGCGACCAACGAAUUCGCAGAGGAAAACAAGCUCGGGCAAGGUGGUUCUGCCUCUGUUUAUCGGGGCCAACUAGCAAGUCCAAGUAGACCAGUGGCGAUAAAGAGAUUCAAGCUGGCAGAAUCAGGCGAGGAGAGGAAGGCAUUUGAGGACGAACUCAGGAUUGCCAGUCGGCUCAGGCACCGGAACCUUGUCGAAUUGAUAGGUUGGUGCUACGGUGGAAUGAGGAACCUGGUUGAGCUUAUAUGCUGGUGGCAGGACGACAGGUACACCCGUCUCUUCCUGCUUGUGUAUGAGCUUUUGCCACAAGGUAGCCUGGAUCAACACCUACACGGGGGCAAUAGUUGGAUGCCAUGGUCCAAGAGGUACGAGAUCAUCCUCGACCUAGGCUCUACACUGCAAUACCUCCACGUAGAUUGUGAGCAAGGCCAACAAUGUAUCGUACACGGCGAUAUCAAGUCUAGCAACGUGCUGCUUGGGUCUUCAUACGGUGCCAAGUUGAGUGACUUCGGAUUGGCAAGGUUUGUUCACCAUGAAACUGGGUCACAGACCACAGAUGUUCUGCAAGGCACUUAUGGAUAUAUAGACCCUGUGUUCCUCGACACGAGCCAACGGAAUAGACAGUCAGACAUAUACAGUUUCGGCAUUGUCCUACUAGAGAUGGUCUCCGGAAGGGAUCCAACAAUGUGUCUCCAUGAUAGGCCUCCCUUGUCAUCAUGGAUUAGGAGUUUGUACCAUUGGAAUGACAUCCUGGACGCCGCAGAUGAGAGGCUGAUAAGAGGCGAGUCCAAUGUCGCGCGUCAACAGAUGGAGCACAUGUUACUCAUCGGGCUCUUGUGCGUGCACCAAGACCCGAGCAUACGACCGUCCAUCACCCACACCAUGGAAGCCCUGUGA